UGCUUCAAUGUAAAGAAAUGUAGUUUAAUGUAAAUCCAAAUCAGCAUUUGACUACUACACCCACUUAGUGUUAUUCCUUUUUAAGAAACCUACCAGAGGACCGCAGCUCCCAGCAUCCUUAGUGUUGCAGAGUAGCUGCAACCCUCUUAGCUAACAAAUUGCAAUAAAAUAUUGUUUUAGGUUUUGCAUAUAUAUAUUAUUAUAUAUUAAUGUUGUAGCAUGUACUACUAUAAAUGAAAUGCAGUGGUUAACCUAUCGUGCUGUGCAAAAUUCUCAAGCUACCCUUCAUUUCUUUAUAUUUUGGUGGGAAAAUGGAAAAUAGGUGCAAUGAUUUAUUGAAACACAUGUAUCAGAUGGUACUGCACGGUGGAUCAAAAUCUGAUGGUACUUUUCUGCAUUCGUAAUCCCAUCAAAUCUGACAGAGCCUCCACUGUGUUUUACAGAUGGCUGUAGACACUCACUGUAGUAUGUCUCUCUUGAUUUCCGCUAUGCCUAUUGACAGUAUUUGGACUAUAAAUUUCAAAUUUCAUCACUCCAUAAGACCUGUUGCCACUGAUUUUCAGCACAAUUUUGUAUAAUUUGGUAUACCUCAGUCUUUUCUCCCUGUUUUCCUUUCUUAAAAAUGACAUGCUUCCACUGAGCUCAUUUCUGACGAGGCUUCGCUUUGCUGGAUAUUUUCCUGUUUCUUAAGGACAUGACUUUCAGAUACUGUUCAUCUACUGUAGAUUUUAUGGUUUUUGCCAAUUUUUCGGCUAAUAGCUGUUUGAGAAUCACCUUGUUGGUUCUUUGCUAAGUUGCCUGUUAUGUAAACACAACACAGGUUCACCCCUUGAGGGGUGGUUCAGGAGUUUUGCACAGAACACUUAAUUACAGACUACCCAUAAUAUCAACAGUAUUGCCAGUGUAAUGACUAACUGGGAAUUUUUACUGUGCAGCUUUAUGAGUCUUUUGCUAGUUCAGUGUUUUUGGAUUUAUGGCUUUCAUGCUGAGGCUGAACCGAUGUCAGUAAUAUUAAAUUGAAUAUUAAAUUGUGUUGUUGGCAUAUGUGGAAAGUAAUUUAUUAAGGAGGUAGCCAUUGCAGCUUUAAAGAGCAAUAUGUGAGAGUUGUUCGUCUGCCUGCUAAUUCCGCCCCCUGGUGACAAAAAAAUUAUAAACGCCCCUUUAAAAUAAAUAAUACUGAAAAUUAAUGUUAUGUUAUUUUAUAGCCUAUCAGCUAUACCGGUUCAACUACCCCACAUUCAAAAGAUAAACAUGAUAUGGAAAAUAUGUUUUUAAGACUUGUUUCUAUCUUUAAAUUAAAUUGAGUAAGAAGGUCGGGAUGUUUUUGUCACAUGUGAUGCCUUUCCUGAAGGAAGACUUUCCAUUUGAUUAAUAUCUGGUGAGUGAAAUGUGAAGACGUUUCUUUCCUUUUCAUGGAUUUGGUAACAGUGAGUUGUUUGAGGGGAGGAAUAGUAAAAUAGCAUGAUAAUUUCAGAGUGGUUGAAGAUAAUCCCGCUUUCUCUGUGACCUCAUCACCUCAGUGUUAAUAGAUGUUACUUGGGAGGUGCUUUCAAGGGAGAGAUCAUAGCGCAGGUUUCUAUAAUUGUGACGUCUCCGGAGAUGGUAUGCGUAUCUAGUGCCAGCUUAGCAGAGCAGGGAAGCUGGCGGGAGGUUUCAACGUGAGCGAUAAACGCUGUGCAGGUUGCAGAGAAAGCGAGUGCGCAGUUUGAAAAUGCUACAGAGCUGAGUGAACGAGACACAGGGUGCACUACGACUGGCUAAUUGUGUUUCAAAUUGGGUCUUUGAGUUCACAAUGGGGAAUGGGAUUGCUCUGAGCUCCCCCGCUGAAGUAUCCAAGGAUGAGAAAGUUGUCAGAUUUUUAGGUCAGGCUGUAAAGGGUUGUUGUUAGGCAGAUUUUCUCAUAGGUCCAGAUGCCACAUUGGUUUAAUUCAAAGCUUCUGGGUAUUUGACGUGGACUAUUUUAAGUUUUGGUUGGUUUAAGCUGUAACCUCUUCUUUGGUUUCGUUUCUCGGCUUUUACACUAUCUUGCAACUGUAUCUUUGAAGGACAUGCAAGUGUUAUAUUUAUAUUUAUCUUUUCUGUGUUCACAUCUGUACCUCUUUACUUUCAUUGUACACUGCUGUGUUCAUUUUAACGUCCUGAUUGAUUUUGUAGUUUUAGAAGGAAUAGCAGGAGUGUAUCCUAGUCCCAUCAGAGCCUGACCCCGUUUCCGUGAGCUACGUUAGAGUGGAGCCCCUCUGGGACUUGUCCCUUCCUCGUGCUGACGAAGGGAAGAAGGCCACAGCUGGCCCAUCCUAGCCCAGCUCAACUUAGCCUGACAAAACCUCAGCCUUGCAUCACCUAAUCCUGCAUGCUGCAAAGAACCUAAAGUGAGGGGUCCUACACUUGGAUGAACUGGGGGAGGAGAGCACAGUGAGCCUGUCAUGUAAGCCGCCUCCUCUGGGGCCACCUCUCGGUGCACACUGCUUCCUGCCUCAGGUAGAAGCUUCAGUGUUUCUGCUGCUGAGGCGUCAGGCAGUUCUCUCUCUCUCUCUCCUCUUCACUCCCUCCCGCUGAGAAGGCAACACAUCCCCUCGCAAAGCACGGAAAUGGAGAAGAGCUGCUCAGAGUGCACAGAGCCGACUCUUGCACAGAGUCUGUGUACGCUCUGCAACAAGUGGUUGUGUUACCAGUGCACAGAUGUGCACCAGCAUCUGAGAACCCCCAACACUUCCCAGUACAUGGAAUCACACCAGCAACAGAGGCCCAGUGCCACCCAGUUCCCAGAACUGCACCAGAGGGGCUCCAGCUCCCUGCCUCCUACUGGACAAGGCCCGGGGUCGUAUCCUUGGUCCCUCCUCAUGUGCCACUCUCACAGACAGGAGCCCUUGGAGCUUUUUUGCGAGUCAUGUGACCUUCUGUGCUGUAGCAGCUGUCACCUGUCCUCCCACAAAAACCACAGGGUGGUGCAGAUCGGAAAGGCCCUACAGGAUCAGCAGUGGCUGUUUGAGAGUCUGAUGGUUCAGGUGGAGGAGAAGAGGUCUGCAGUGGAGAACAGCGCUAAACAAAUAGAGGAGAGGCUUCACGGAGUGAAGAUUACACACAGGAAGGCAGAGAACCAGAUUAAAAUGGCAAAGAUGAUUAUGAUGAACGAGCUUAACAAACGAGCCAACCUAUUAAUAGAGCAACUGGAGAAGAUUGCAGAGGGCUUCCAGCAGCGUCUGGAGGACCAGCUGCAAGGGGCAAUAGAGAUAUGUGGCCAGCUGGACCAUAUUCAGAAGUUCAUCACCUGGGCCAUGACCCAUCACUGCACAAGCCCGGUGCUCUUCAGCAGAGCUCUGAUUUCACUCCAGAUGCAGCAGCUCCUUGAGGCUUCACACCACUCAGAUUCUUGGAGUCCUGUGAAGAUAAAAUUCAACUGGGAUGCCAGUUACUGGACGAAACAAAUUUCCUGUUUAGGUCAGCUGACUGUUGAGGGGGGAAACUGCGCUUAUCCCCCAGGGUUGGCCUGCUCCAGUAUUAUGAGACCCCAGCCCAUUACCUGCUUGACUCUGCCACCAGUGUUUCACAGAGGACGAGAGCCGGGCUGUGGGUACCAAGCCUGCUGUGAGCCUCAGAUGUGCUGCCUUCAUGGCAUUCAUUCGCAGCCAGAUCUUCCCAGUCUGGACAAAAGCCAGCUGGACACCACACUUUAUAACUCCAGCUGUGCUCAGCCGGCUCAUAUUUCUGCUUCCCAGCACCAGAACCAGCAGAUCCAGAGGUUCUGGGACCAGGAGAGUUCCUUGCAGCGUCCUCCCCCUGCAUCACCUGUCCCAAACAGAAGGCACAAUCAGCUCAGCCGCAGCCGAGCAUCUGCAUCUCAGCCACAAGCUGCUGACUCACAACCACAUUCUCAGUCUAAGUCCUAUCUUUCUCAUCAUCAACACCGCAAAGAUGUUCUUCCAAAUACCCAGGCCCGGCUAAGUGCAGAGCGUGGGAGACCAAGCCGGCGUCGGGGGAAGCUAUCGACCAGCAGAUCUCUGCAACAGGAGGUCAGCUACACUGUUCUGGAAAGGGAUCCGAUGAGUGAAGAGAGCCGGGUGGAAACGCAUCGUGUGGAGGAGACCUGUGGACAAAUAGCGGUGGCUGAAAGGAGGGAGAUGUUGGAUCAAGAGCUACAGCAGGGCAGGAGGGUGCAGAGUCCUGUCCAACAGCAGCAACAGCAGCAGCUGCUGCUGUGUUUAACAGGUGUGAGAAAAGAGCAGCAGAGGACCAACUCUGCACUGACCGUCAGAGACCACAGAGAUGCCAGGAGAUCCACAUCCCUGGAGGUGUCAGUGACAGCCCACGAGUGUGUAUCUGAUGUGCAGCAGAGCAGCAGGCUGAGCCCUGGCUCGGUGUGUUCGAGGAGGAAGAGGCGCUCCCAGAGCAUCCCGACAGAACUGGCAGCCCCGUCCGCCAGCCCUUACGCCGAAAGGCCCACAGGAUGGGCUCGUAGCCUAGAAGCGGGAGCUGCAAAUAAGUAUUACGUGCUGGAUCCCAGACAGAGGAGAGCAUCAGAUGGGGUGCUCUGUGUGGCCAAGGAAACUUCAACUGAACCUCCUUUAAUGUCCUAUAAGACAGAGCCAGAUCACCCCAUCACUUAUGUAAAUGAAGAGAUUGGUUUUGAUGCCAACAAGGAAUGCAGCUUCUCAAGUAACAGCCACAGCAGUGACGUUCAGAACGACUCAGCAAGGCCCAGGGUUCCAGUGGUUUGCCUCGAGCGUCUCAAAAUACUUGUGUCUCAGCUCCCACCGCACGGACGAAGACAGAGUGACCCUCUACCUGCCAGCGGGACGGAUAAGAGCGAAACCCUCCCUCAGCAGAAAACCUGGCAGGAUGUAAUGCCCCAGGGAAUAACAGGAGAAUCUGAGACUAGUGGGGCCACCCGCGUGCUUGCAGCACCACAGCGACAAACUUGUAAUGAGUCCACCGCACAGUCAGACUGCAGCGACAGCAACAUAGGGGUACCUGUUCCUCAUAAAGAAUCCACACUGCCCUCCGCUGACUCUGAAUAUGUGGCACCAAGUUUCUAUGAACUGGAUCUGGAUUCUGACUCUGAUCCCAGGUCAGUCUCAGAGGAAGCAGUCAUCUCUCAGGCUGAUUUAGACCCACAGCUUGACUCAGAUGCAUCACCAGAUUCUGACCCGAAUGCACCGUCUUCAUCUGAGGCUGAACUGGAGUGUCUAGCUGAGCAGAAGUCUGGAGAGAUGGGGCUGUGUGGCGACUCAGAGCCAAGUCUGGAGUAUGAGGCAGAUCCAGAAUCAGAUGCGGGACCAGACGGCCGAGGGUUGGAUGCAGAUACAGAAUCAGGUGAUGCUGAAACGGAGUCCGAUAUCCAGCCUGAAUACGACCCCACUUUUCACGGCGAGACUGAUUCUGACGUCAUCUCCGAUCAGCCUCCAGAGUCUCAGGGCUCCGUGGCAUCUGAGCUCGAUGUAGACUCUGAACCCGAGCUGACCACGGAUGACCCGCAACCGCUUCGCUCUGACCUGGAUGAGAUCAGUCCAGGUCAGAGGCCGCUCCUGAUUGCAAAUCCCGUUGCUCCCGGAGACACAGAGGAAGUCCAGACUGAGCAAGACGGCACAGAGUUGGAGAGUGAGGAUUUUUGUGCCGUUUGUCUGAUCGGAGGAGACCUGCUGUGCUGCGAUCGUUGUCCAAAAGUCUUCCACCUCUCUUGCCACAUCCCCCCUUUGCCGACCUUCCCCUCAGGUGACUGGGUGUGCACCCUGUGCAGAGAUGUUCUACAGCCAGAUGUCGAAUACAACGGUGACAAUGAGAGAGCUUCUGGAGAAAACGCAUCAGCAAAUGUGCUAUCGCCAUGUGACCAGAAAAAAUGUGAGCGGCUGACACUUCUGAUCCUCAGUAACAUCCUGAGUGCGCCAUUCCAAGAGCCCGUCAGUCCACUUGCACGCCAUUACUACCAGAUCAUCAAGAGGCCAAUGGACCUGUCUGUGAUCAGGGCCAAGCUCAGCAAGGGGAAUACCCAGUGUUACAGCUCGCCCGAUGAGUUUGUGGCCGACAUGUAUCUCAUGUUCCACAACUGUGCAAAGUUCAAUUACCCUGACUCUGAGGUGGCCCAAGCAGGCCGCAGCCUCGAGGCCUUCUUCACCUCCAACCUGAAGGAAGUUUUCCCUGGCAGAGUCUUCCCCAUGGCUGAGGUGGAUUCAGACAGCGAUGAGUACGACGAGGCUUACAGGACCACUGAGAGUGGUUUCCCCUGGCCAGAAAGAAGAGAGCAGUGCCACAGGAAGAGGAAGAGGAGGCAGUCUCUCAAGUCGAGGAGGCAUCAUUUCUAAUUAGAGCUUAAUAGUGCACAACCAUGGCAGCAAACAUGUUAUUUCUGUUUAUAAAUGUGCUGUUUUUUUCAUUUAGCAGCCAGAAGGGAAUGUACCAGUGUUUCUAAAAGCAAGCCGACCUUGUGGUUUGCAGUGAUAUGGCAGUGCUGCCAUCUGAUGGCAGUUAAACAUGCGAAAAUAGGAUUGAGAGUAGUAACUAAUGCAGGAGUCAUUAUUAUCCAUGCAACUCAUCGGAGGAGCUGAGUGCGAAAAUGGAAAUAAGUGAAGGUCACAUUGUAUAGGUUACGCAGUCGUACCUCUGUGGAUCUCGGUUUGUUUGCUUCUACAGCCAUGUAGUGAGGUGAUGCUGUAAUACUUCCUUUAUCAUGUCAUAUUUUACCUGCUAAGCAUUUGCUCCUGAUACACUGCACUGCUUGCUAUUUUCUGCUAACAUAAAAUACCUUACAUAUCUUUCAUCACAUGCUUUUUUGUACAGAGGAUGCUGUAGUUGAAUGCUUAUUAAUCGCACUUUGCAUCUUUAUUAAGUGGACUUUUUCAGGUCAUCGUAGCCCUGAUUAUACGCAGUACUCUGAAAAUUUGUCGGUAAAUUCUGUACUUACCAUAUUCACGAGUUUCCAACACAUUUAUACACGUGUCACUGUAUAAACUUUUAUUUUACUAUAUGAAUGAUUGCAGGCAAUUAACAUAGGUUUGAUUAUUGUUAUAAUUAUGUGUGUCAGUAGCUUUUUUUGAAAAGCAGCAGCAAAUUGUUUAGAUUAGAGGAAGACGGGAUGUGAGAGAUCGUGGGCACCGUAAGCACUGUUAGAGCUCACCGGGGCAUUUUUAUUGUUAGAGAAUUUAAUAUCUGGAGCAAACAGUUCAUGAAAUGUAAAAUUUCACAUUUAGCUAUCAGAUACGUUUGUGUAUGUAUAUUGCAUAUUAUUUCUGUUGGAGCAAAAUCUUCCACUCUUCUCUUAUCAGGAUGUCUCAGGCUUACUGAAAGUCUAAGGUGUUGUUAUCUUUGAUUACUGAUGAGUAUAAAAAUGUACUUGCUGCUGUGUGUAGAGAAUUACUGUCGAAAGGAAAUGCGUAAUUUUAUAAAAACGCUGUAGCACAUUUCCUGUUUUUAACUAUGCUGUACUUGGUUCCUGCAGCUUAAUAUACGCUUUGUGUGACUCAUGGCAAUGGAUGUACAAAAGUAGCGAAUGUACAGUAUAUGUAAUGCUAUUCCUUUUGACAUCAGUAGAUCUAAUAGGCGUAAGGGAAAACUGCCAUAGUUGCUGUCACUCUUUCAAGAGAAAUGUUUUCUUUUUUUCAUUUUUUUACUGUAAUUAUAAAUGCACAAAUAUUAAUAUCAAUAAAAAGCAUUCAUGAAAAAAA